UGAGUUGUAUGUAUGUACACGUUUACAUGUUUGUUAUAUAGCCAGAGAGAGAACGAGUGAGAGCUUUGAAAUGGCGACUAGCGGUGCCCUUAGAGUUAGCAGCAUUUUCAGGCCGAAUCUUUUCAGAAGCAAAGUGGCUAUCGUCACCGGCGGAGCAACGGGAAUAGGAAAAGCGGUUGCAGAGGAACUUCUUUACUUAGGAUGUUCAGUGACGAUUGCGUCGAGAAACGAAGACAACCUGAAGAACGCGGUCACAAAUUUUCAAGAAAGGCUAUUACCGGAGAAAGAAAAACAUCGUGCAACGUUUCUGCCCUGCAACAUCCGCAAGGAGGACCAGGUGAAAGCGCUUUUUCGGCACACGCUGGACAAACAUGGCCGCCUUGACUUUCUCGUCAACAAUGGUGGCGGCCAGUUCUUGUCGACAGCGGACAGUAUUUCACUCAAGGGCUGGAAUGCAGUUGUCGAGACUAACCUGACUGGAACAUUUCUCAUGUGCAGGGAGGGGUACUAUUUAUUCAGAGUCUGCUGCAAAGAAUUACCAGGGUGACUUGUUCAAGCUAGUAAGGCCGAGACUUCCUGCCAAACGACCUGGUACCACUCAAG